AUGCUAGUAACAUUGUAUGCAGGGGUGACAUGCUGCAAUUGCCGUACUGUACUCAAGAACGAACGGAACGGGGUAGCAACGGCGUACCUGCUGGUGACGUCGACGUCGGCGUUGGCGGAGCUGCUGCAGCUGGGCGGGGCUUCGGCGGUCAGGGCGGGGCGGCCGGGCUCCGGCGAGCGACAGUCAGGGGCGGGGCGGCCGGGCUCCAGCGAGCGGCGGACAGGGCCGGGGUGGCCGGGAUCUGGCGGCACGAGCCGCGGUCGGGGCCGGGGCGGCCGGAAUCCGACGGCGCAAGCCGCGCUCGCGGCGGGGCGGCCGGGCUCCGGCGAGCGGCGGACAGGGUCGGGGGUGGCCGGGAUCUGGCGGCACGAGCCGCGGUCGGGGCGUGGCAGGGCGGCCGAGCUCCGGCGAGCCGCGGUUGGGGCGGGCCGGGGCGGCCAGGCUCCGGCGAGCCGCGGUCGGGGCCGGGGCGGCCGGAAUCCGACGGCGCAAGCCGCGCUCGCGGCGGGGCGGGGCGGAGUCCGACGCGGCGGGGCGGGGCGGAGUCCGGCGGUGCGGGGCGGGGUGAGCCGCGCUCGGGCAGCUGCGUUCGGGAGGAGGCGAUGCGGGAGAGAGAUACGAGAUCAGGAGAGAGAUGCGUUCGGGGGCUGA